UGGGGACUUUUGAAUUUUAGUUGGCGACACUGAUUGUAAGGGGCAAGGGGGGUGAAGAAAACGUAACCCAAGCGUGUUUUGCCGGCAUAAAAACUAAACUUUUUCCAAUUAUAACAAAGUUUUCACAAUGAAAUUAGUAAGGUUUUUAAUGAAACUGAGUCAUGAAACAGUCACAAUGGAGCUGAAAAAUGGCACACAAGUCCACGGCACUAUAACCGGCGUAGAUGUGGCCAUGAAUACGCACUUAAAAGCUGUAAAAGUGACUGUAAAAAACCGAAAUCCUGUAAAUUUAGACACUUUAACAGUGAGGGGGAACAACAUUCGGUACUACAUUUUACCCGAUAGUUUACCUUUAGAAACACUACUGAUUGAUGACACACCCAAAGCCAAGGCAAAGAAGAAGGAGAGUGCUCGGGGGGCUGCCAGAGGCCGCGGGCGGGGCCGUGGCCGAGGCGGCCCCAGAGGCAGGGGCAGAGGAAGAGGGCGCAGAUAAAAACUGCACAGUUCAAUUAUUUAAGUUUCUUAAUUUCUUUUAGUUCCAAGUAUUUUUAUAAUUCUGCUAAAUUAAAAUAAAUCACAGGAUAAUGAA